CUCCUAUAGUGAGGAGAGGAGGUGGCUGCUGUGUGGGAUGGCAGCAGCUCCGAUUUCACCACUCUUCUAAAACCUGUUUGCGCCCUGACGUCUUCUCAUCUCUUGCCUGCACGUUCCGCCUAAAUGCUGCUUCCUCCUGCCAAGUAACCUGGGGUGCUUCUGAGGUUGUGCCAAAUCCUCUAUGCAAACAACCCUCCACCCAGGUCAUCUCCACUCGGGGCAAUCCCAGCCAUUCCUAAGGGUGUCUCUCCAAAAUCCAGGGGUGAGUGUGAGAGAGAACAGGAGAUACUCUUCAAUGAGGGAGGGAGCCUCUGCAACUGCUCUUUGUACCAGUGGCCACAGAGUCAUUCCUCAGCAACCUAUUGCUAAUAUUUGCACUCCUAUGGAAGCAAACAUUACAGAUAUACCUGCUACACAAAGGCACAGCAUCAAAACCUGUUCCCUGCUGGCAGAAAGCACUUUCAUGCCAAGUGGCAGUUCCUGAGACUACCCUCAUCUUGCCCUCCUUUCCACUGUUUUUUUUCAUUCUGCCGGUUUUCUGCUUUCUGUAGGAAUCAUUAAAGCUUUCUCAGCUCUGCUAGCCCCGUUAUUGACUUACUAGCUGAUGUCAUGCCACCCAGACUAUUCCUGUCUCUCUGUUCCUGGAAGCCCUUGUUUUUCUGUUAGUCUUUAUUUUCCUGGCUGGUUUUGAGCACACUAAUUCCUUGCUCAUCAGAGUUUCUGUUUUCUUUUGGAUCUAUUUCUUGCAUUCCACUGGGGUAGGAAUAAGAGAGGGAGCCCAAACUUCAUGCUGCUUUGCCCAACUCCGCUGGGAAUUGUAAUGCAGGGGGGAGCAUGCACUGCCAAUGGCAUUGGAAGGAAUCAGCCAUCUCAGGCACCCCUUCUUCUCCUUGGCACGGGUGAGGAAGAAGGAGGAGACUUAAACUGUGUGUUCUGGUGCUAAAAUAGCUGAGGCUGAGCUUGCUGAUAACUGCAGGGAGAACAGACAACUGGUCUCUAGGGAGAAAAAGCAGCAAGAAGGUUUGCAGUUAGAGAAAGACUAAGAACAGCUAAGGAGUUCUCACAACUUUGCUGUGUGAAGCAACUAGAGUACAGCCUCUGAGAAAAGUCAGCAUCAGGGACCUGAGCCAGCAUGGUGGGGAAGGAGUGAUGGUGCCAAGAGAUGGAUGACAGCACAGUCACACUGAAGGAAAGGAGUGCACUGAUCUGACUGGGAUGGCUGUGAGCUGGCAGAGACCUCUCUGUGACAGCCCAAGUUCUUCCUUGCCCUAGGAUAAGCUUGUCCUCCAGCCUGUUAUGAAAUAGGAUGCUAAUUUUAGUCACACAAAGAUCCAGAGACAUUUUGCUCAGCUUCCACCAAUUCAGAAAGAAAAUGAGGAAGCCCUAAAGGGAAGGAGAGAUGCCAAGAGAGGAGGGCUAAGAGGAGCGUAAGUCUCGCUGUCCCUGACACAUGAUGACCUCUGGAGUCCUGUUUCUUCAUUCCAGUUCAAUAUUAACCCAGUGGGGCUGUGACUCUGCUUAUUCUGCUCCCUUUGCCUUUCCCCUGCAGCCAGGGUGUACAGCAUGGCAUGCAGCGGAACCAUCAUGCUGAGGGGCCUGAUCCUGUCCAGCCUUCUGCACCUUGUGCUGAGCCAUGACGGAGUUUUCCUGGAAAAGGGGCAGGCAUUGUCACUGCUCAAGCGCCCACGACGUGCCAACAAGGGAUUUCUGGAAGAGAUGCUCAAGGGAAACCUGGAGCGAGAGUGCCUGGAGGAGAUCUGCAGCUACGAAGAGGCAUUUGAAGCCCUUGAAUCCACUGUGCAGACGGAGGCAUUUUGGUCAAAAUACCGAGUAUGUCAGGGCCAGAGAAACUCCAGAGCAACUCUGGAUGCUUGUCUAGAAGGUGACUGCGCUCUUGGGCUGGGCCAAAACUACCAGGGGACAAUUAGCUACACCAAAUCAGGAACUGAAUGCCAAGUUUGGACAAGCAAAUACCCACAUAUACCUAAGUUUAAUGCCAGCAUUUAUCCCAACCUCAUCGAGAACUACUGCAGGAACCCCGACAACAACACGAAAGGCCCAUGGUGCUACACACGAGACCCCACAGUGGAACGGGAGGAGUGUCCCAUCCCAGUGUGUGGUCAAGAAAGGACAACAGUUGAAUUUACUCCACGGAGCACACCACCAGCCCCAGUGGAGCCCUGUGAGCAAGAGAAAGGCAUGCUUUACACUGGGACCCUCUCAGUCACUGUGUCUGGAGCCAAGUGCCUGCCAUGGAACUCUGAGAAAGCCAGAGAGGUGCUCCAAGGAAAGCACAUCAACCCAGAGGUAAAGCUGCUGGAAAACUACUGUCGGAAUCCAGACGGAGAUGAGGAAGGUGCCUGGUGUGUCACAGAUGAACCUCCCAACUUUGAAUACUGUGACCUGCACUACUGCGACAGCUUGCUAGAGGAUGAAGAGAUGGAGGGAAUAUCAGGACGUACUACCCAGACUCAAGAGUACAAAACCUUCUUUGAUGCCAAAACCUUUGGUUCGGGUGAAGCAGACUGUGGCAUUCGUCCCUUAUUUGAGAAGAAAAAGUUAGCGGACAGAACUGAGAAGGAGCUGCUAGAGUCCUACAGAGGAGGCAGAGUUGUCCAUGGGGAUGACGCAGAAGUGGGCAGUUCCCCCUGGCAGGUGAUGCUCUACAAGAAGAGUCCUCAAGAGCUGCUGUGUGGCGCCAGCCUAAUCAGUGACAGCUGGAUCUUGACUGCCGCUCAUUGCCUUUAUUAUCCACCCUGGGACAAGAACUUAACUACUAAUGACAUCUUGGUGCGGAUUGGCAAGCACGUAAGAGCAAAAUAUGAAAAGAAUCAAGAGAAGAUUGCUCUGUUGGAUAAAAUCAUCCUCCACCCCAAGUACAACUGGAAAGAGAACAUGGACCGAGACAUUGCACUCAUACACUUGAAGAGACCCAUUGUCUUCAGUGACUACAUCCAUCCUGUCUGCCUGCCUACCAAAGAGGUUGUGCAGAGGCUGAUGCUGGCAGGUUAUAAAGGGCGGGUAACUGGCUGGGGAAACUUGAAAGAAACAUGGGGCACUAGUCCAAGCAACCUCCCCACAGUUCUGCAACAGCUCAACGUGCCCAUUGUGGAACAAAACAUCUGCAAGGCAUCCACCAAAAUUAAAGUCACUGACAACAUGUUCUGUGCAGGUUACAGUCCUGAAGACUCAAAGAGAGGAGAUGCCUGUGAAGGGGACAGUGGAGGACCUUUUGUAAUGAAGAACCCAGAAGACAGCCGCUGGUAUCAAGUGGGAAUAGUGUCAUGGGGAGAAGGGUGCGACCGAGACGGCAAAUACGGAUUUUACACUCAUGUAUUCCGCCUGAAAAAGUGGAUGCGCAAAGUCAUCGAGAAACAGAGGCAGUAGGAGUUUACCUUGCUGGUUCUAAUUUUGCUACAAUGCUCCACUUCUUUGAAAUGUAAGCAUAGAAGAGUCUGCAGUAGAACACUGAUGGCCUUACAACUCAACAACGAGAGUGUUUUUCCUAGAAAAUAAAAGUUCUCAAAUCCA